UGAAGAAGAAAUGUCCUGUGACUUGAAGAUUCGCUGAUUAAUUGUUUUUUGUUUGAGUUCUGAUAAAUUUAAUCAGUUUAAUCAAAAUUUAUUGAUACAAAUUAUCGUAACUUAUUUACAUAUUUCAUUGUAACUGCAAAAAUACGUGCUGACAAUGAUUAAUACAGGGAAGCUUGCUGGUCGCACCAUUUUCAUCACAGGAGCUAGUCGAGGAAUCGGCAAAGCAAUUGCACUCAAGGCAGCAAAGGAUGGUGCGAAUAUCGUCAUUGCUGCCAAGACAGCGGAACCUCAUCCAAAACUGCCGGGAACUAUCUACACUGCUGCCAAAGAAGUGGAAGCAGCCGGAGGUGCUGCGCUGCCAUGUGUGGUGGAUGUGAGGGAGGAGGCACAGAUUGCCGCGGCAGUACAACAGGCAGUGGACAAGUUCGGAGGGAUUGACAUUCUCAUCAACAACGCCAGCGCCAUCUCCCUCACCAGCACUUUGGACACAGAUAUGAAGCGAUACGACCUCAUGCAGAAUAUCAACACUCGAGGGACGUUCCUAGUAUCCAAAGUAUGCAUCCCCUAUCUGAAGAAGAGUUCCAACCCCCACAUUCUGAACCUCAGCCCCCCGUUGAAUUUGUCCCCUCACUGGUUCCAGAACCACGUAGCGUAUACCAUGGCCAAGUACGGGAUGUCCAUGUGUGUGCUCGGCAUGGCGGAGGAGUUUCGGGCUGAAGGGAUCGCUGUCAAUGCUCUCUGGCCAAAGACCGCGAUCCUGACAGCAGCAAUAGAGAUGUUAACGGGUCAGGAGUCUGCGCGACACUCACGCAAACCUGAGAUUGUCGCAGAUGCUGCGUACGCAAUACUCUGCAAGGACUCACGCAGCUUCACCGGUCAGUUCUGUAUUGACGAGGAUGUGCUGAGAGCAGAAGGUGUCAGCCAGGUCCAGAUAGACCAGUAUGCCUGUGAACCUUCAAAUAAGGACAAUCUGAUGCCGGACUUUUUCCUCGACACUCACCCAGACACAAUUGUUUCAUCACACAAUGUAAAGAUAGAUAAAUCCAAGACGGAAGCCAAACCAGCUGGGGAAAAGUCUGACGUUGAUGUGGAGAAGAUAUUUACUGCCAUAUCAAACAGCCUUAACGAGGAAUUAGUGAAGAAAGUGCAGUCCAUUUAUCAGUUCAACCUGACUGGUCCUGAGGAGAGAAACUGGUUUCUUGAUCUCAAGAACGGAGUCGGGUCUUGUGGCAAGGGCAAAGCUCCUUCCACUCCCGACGCAACCCUCGCAAUGACAGACGUCAACUUUCACAAACUCUUCUCUGGCAAUUUGAAACCAGCAGCAGCGUUUAUGACAGGAAAACUGAAGAUACACGGAGAUCUGAAGAAAGCAAUGAAGUUAGAAAAACUCAUGUCGUCUUUAAAAUCCAAACUGUGAUUUGGAAUUUGAACAUGGUGCACGCUCUACUCCCUUUUCUUAUAAUAUUCAAUUGUAUACUGAAGGUGCUGUCACAUUUGAGGUUGAUUAAGCAUAAUUUAAUUAAUGCCAGGUUAAAUUAAAAUACUUAUCCAUGCAAUGAAUUAGAAUUUAAAUUGAAAAAUCAAUAAAAUGUGGAAGCAAACAAAUAAAUAAUUAAUGUUGGCUCAACCAUUCAAUCUUAUAAGUAAUUGACAAAUCGGAUCCAUUGUGUUUACCAUAUUACUAGUGUUCUACUUUUUAAAAUAAACUACCAGAUUUUUUAUGCUGAAAAAAUUAUAAUCGACCACUACAACUCAGUAAUCUAUUAAAGUAUUUUAGUAUUAAUUUUGUGUUUUGUUACUAUAAGUAAGUUAAUUCUUAUAUAAUUUCUCGAUUUUAUUACUGCCAAAUUAAUCAACUUGAACCCAAAAAUCAAAGACUGAUGCAAUUAAUUUGUAGCCACUUGCUAGUGAAAGUCUAUUCAUACAAGCAUAACAUGCGUUUGAAAUUCCAGUUUAAAAAUGUAGCCAUGCAAUUUGAUGCUUGCAAGACAAAGGGGCGUAAGUACAUAUGAUAAAUGUACUCACGCCCCUUCAACUUGCACGCGACGAAUUGUUUAGCUAGAUUCAAAAAAGCUACUUAUUGCAUUUUAUGAAACUGGAAAUUCUAACUCACCCUUUUUGAGCCAAGUUUGAGUAGGUCCAGGUGGCGACUUUAUUGAUAUGUACUUUGUAUUAAUUAAUUUACGAUUUGUAAGUACGGUAAUAAAGUAUUUAUUCAUAUUAUUAAAAGUAACAAUUUUAACAACUGUAAAAUUAUAAAUGUAUUCUUUUGUUAUACGUAAUGUAGAAUUAAAUAUCCUUUUGGUACUGAAUAUUGUUGUAUACUUUUAUAUCACUGUUAAAAAUAAAGUUUAUUUUAUUAUAA